AUGAGCCGGCCAUCGGCGAAGCUAUGCGCAGACUGCUUCCCGGGCGCGCUGCGGCCUCGGGGACUGCGUCCUGCGCCGGUGUUGCGGGGUGCGGCCCGUGAGAGAUCGUACGCUACCCAGCGAAGGGGGCUUGCGCCGACUCAUGCUCACGGGGGUCGGGCUCUUCGGUACUCGCCGUCUUCACGGCGGAUCUUGCCCUCGCAGCUGCCGGUGCGCCCGCUGCAGAAGGGGCGGGGUUUCGCUACCGCGACUACCACGUCAGAAGCUGAGAGCCUACUAGCUACGCCUCCUCAGGAUGGUCCGCUGAGGGAAUAUGACACGAGAGUGCAGGGGGGCCGUCUCCGCGAUGACCCAUAUCAGAGAGGAAUAGUUGAGAAUCUUCAAACCCUAUUCGAGGCCUUGAAAGGCUACCACCCCCCGGGCGUCGUCCACCCCAGCGUCGAAUCAUUGGAUCCUCAACCCAAGCAGUCAUUCCUCGGAUCGUUAUUCGGACGUGGAGCAGCUCGGAACACGGCACAGUCGAUCCCCGAGAAUCUUCCAAAGGGACUAUACAUGUACGGCGAUGUCGGGUGUGGGAAGACCAUGCUCAUGGACUUGUUCUUCGACACACUGCCGCCCAAUAUCAAAACCAAGACCCGUAUCCAUUUCCACAAUUUCAUGCAGGAUGUCCAUAAGCGCAUGCACGUGGUGAAGAUGCGGUAUGGAAACGACUUCGAUGCCCUGCCAAUGGUUGCGGCCGACAUUGCCGAGACGGCGAGCGUCCUCUGCUUCGAUGAGUUCCAGUGCACGGAUGUUGCCGAUGCAAUGAUUUUAAGGCGCCUCCUUGAAUCCUUGAUGUCCCACGGUGUUGUUUUGAUCACCACCUCCAACCGCCACCCGGACGACCUGUACAAAAACGGCAUCCAGCGCGAGUCUUUCAUUCCAUGCAUUAAACUCCUGCAAACCGCUUUGCAAGUCAUCAAUCUCAACUCGCCCAUCGACUACCGCAAGAUCCCUCGACCGCCAGCUGCCGUUUACCAUCACCCCCUGGGACCGGACGCCGAGCACCACGCCCAGAAAUGGUUUGACUACCUCGGCGACCUAGCCCAUGAUCCUCCUCAUCCAGACACCCAGCAAGUCUGGGGCCGCACGAUCAAAGUUCCUCUGGUCAGCGGCAAGGCGGCGCAAUUCACUUUCCAGCAGCUAAUCGGCUCAGCCACGGGAGCUGCCGAUUACCUGGAGUUAGUGCGGCACUACGACGCGUUCAUUGUCACAAACGUGCCCGGGAUGAAUCUCAACCAGCGCGACCUGGCGCGGCGAUUCAUUACCUUUAUUGACGCGGUGUAUGAAAGCCAGGCCAAGUUAGUUCUUACCACCGAGGUCCCCCUCACCAACCUCUUCCUCUCCGAGUCCGAUGUGAAGGAUUCCCUCAAGGGCGACGACCACUCAGACCUCUCGGACGCUAUGCGCAACCUCAUGGAUGACCUGGGCAUGUCGGUGCAGGCGCUCAAAGACACUUCUAUUUUCAGUGGCGACGAGGAGCGCUUCGCCUUUGCGCGGGCGUUGUCUCGGCUGGCGGAAAUGGGCAGCAAGGAGUGGGUGGAGCGAGGUCUGGGCGUUGGAAUGAAUGCACAGGAGACCAAGGAGGAGCGCGAGGCGUGGCGAAAGACCCGCAGUCAUUGGAGCGAAGACAACAUGUAG